CGGCCCGGCUAGCGCGCUGCUCGCCAGCCUAGGUCUCUGCUGCUCCAGGGGCGGGUGGGGUGGGCUGAGCUGGAGCCCGAUCCUUGGCCGCCGCCUUCGCCGCCGCCGAGGAGAGGCCGAACCCAGAGCCGGUGCGGGUUCCAGAGAAAGCGAGGGAGCCAAGCAGUCGGUCCUCGUCCGGGUCCAAGCUAGGGUCUCCUCCUCCGCAGAGCGCGCGGCUAUGUGAGCCAUGAGCGCGACAUGGACGCUGUCGCCGGAGCCGCUGCCGCCGUCGACAGGGCCCCCGGUGGGCGCAGGCCUGGACGCAGAGCAGCGCACGGUGUUCGCCUUCGUCCUCUGCCUGCUGGUGGUGCUGGUGCUGCUGAUGGUGCGCUGCGUGCGCAUCCUGCUCGACCCCUACAGCCGUAUGCCUGCCUCGUCUUGGACGGACCACAAGGAGGCGCUCGAGCGCGGGCAGUUCGACUACGCGCUGGUGUGAGGGGCGCGGCGCCCGGGUCCGGGCCUCCCCGGGGUCCUCAGAAGGCCAGUCCGGCCCGAGGCGCCGCUGGGCCCAGAUUGCGCUCAGGAUCCCGCCCCGGAUUCCCCAGCCUGGCGGUGAUGGUUGGGUAUUAGGAGAAGCUCCGCCCCUUCCCAUUUCGACCCCUGGCAUUCCCCUAUCCUGAUCUGGCUCCAGCCCCACCUCGUGCCUUUAUCCAUCCUGCCCCUUUUCUCUCUGCACAACUCACCUGCCUGGCUUGGUCCCCCGACUGGGAAUCCUGAGUGGGAAGAGGAACCCCUGCGCCACCCCUCCCCAGCGUAUGAGUUGUUCUGCUAUUGUCUGUUCCUGGGAGUGGGAACUCCUUCGUUCCCCAGCCCCCUGUCAUUUGGCCUUUGUCAAUUCACCUUGAUCAAGUGAGUGUUGAGCCUGUCCUUGGGCUUCAGCCCUGUGGGGCAGGCUCUCCUGAGCCCACGGAGCAGACGCUGCAUACCAAUAUGCCCUGCACAGCCUGUCCCAGAGCCGGAGCCCGAAGACCUGCUGUGGCUGGUGUGUCCAGGAUGCGUGGCGCCUUCCGUGGGGGGAGAGUGUGGGCAGGCUUCUUCCCGUCCCCAGCCCUGGCCCCAGCACAGGUCAGCACACCCUCCCUCGGUGCCCACCUCCACCCCUCCUCUGCCCCCCCGUCCCCUCUCCCUGACUCCCCUGCCAUGCCCCCUACUCCCCUGCCAUGCCUUUUCACGCCUCCCUGCCUCUGAGCCGAUGAUGAUGAUGAUGAUGAUGAUGAUAAUAAAAGCUAUUACUUAGCGCUUAUUGCAUGUCAAGCAGUGUGC